CUUCGUGACUAACUUACUAACCAUGGACGUCCAUGUCGCAUUCAGUUUGUUCUUCAUACUAGAUUUAUUCAGCCAUGGAAUUUCAGUUCCACUUCCAGUCUACCCAAACUAUUAUGACAAUAUGCAAAAUCAAGGUUACCAGAUAAGCGAUGAUACAAUGGAAACAGACACCUAUGAACGUUAUCCGCGUGAUACUCUGCCAAACCCAAAUUUUUGGCAUCAAUAUCCCUGGUAUACUCGAAGUUCAAUUCCCUCGCAUCCGAGACCAGCAUCUAGAAGACAUUUCCAUCUAUUUCAUCUUACAUCAAAACACCCAAACGCCGUCUCCUAUCAUGUUAUUGAAAAGCCACAUGCUGCAGCAAAGACUACUAGCCGGCAAAAAGUUGAAAGCAAUCCUCGGAGAAGUAAUCUUUAUAACAACGGGGGUUGGCCGUAUCCACCACAGUCUUACUAUCAACAACCUCAACCAAACUACCAAUAUCCCGGAUAUCCACAGAACCAAUAUGGAGUGCAAAAUGGUGGCGGAUUUCACGACUCAACUUAUGAUGAUAUUUUAGAUGUUGUGUCAAAGCCGAUGCAAAUUGGCAAUAAAAUCAUUCCACCUUACCACGGCGAAGGACAUCAAAACGACCAGGCACGGACUACAAUUGAAGAAGCAGCGAAGCAAUUUAAACUGGCUUCUGCAGAUAUGAGCAACAUGGAACUUGCCUCUCUGGUUAUGUACCCAGUUCCCCGAUUUAGGGUGCAGUCGAAAGUUCACAAGAAGAAAUCCAAAACAAAACAUAUAAAAAAACAUCAUGAUAAAAAAGUAGAAACUAAAGCCAAGGAAGAGGAAAAUGAAGGCAAAAAAGUUACAAACCUUGUGGAUAAUCUCAUUAAAACAAACGAGAAAAGUGCGCCACACGAGGCUACUAAGGCAAAAGAUAAUAAAGAAAAUGAUAUCGAUCAAAAAGAGAAAGAGGUUAAUGAUGAGGGGAUCAAAGAUAAUAAGAAUGAUAGAGAGAAUGAUCAAGAAGAGAAUGGAGAUGAAGGAAAAACAAAAGAAAAUAAGAAGGAAAAAGACGAUAACAAUGGAAACAAAGAAAAGGAAAAUGACGAUGACGUGAAGGAGAAAGAGGAUGAUGGCAUGUAUGACAAAGAAUCAGCCCCAAAAGACAGUUGGGCUGAAGAAGAGAUUUCCUCAAGAGGAGUAGGACAAUUCACUUCCAGCAAAAGAUCUAAGAUUCAACAUGCCUUUGAUAAAUUCCCUAGUAGCGAUGACAAAUACAUUUCAAGUAAGAGAUCUGAAAUCCCACAUGCCUUUGACGAAAUAUCCAACAGCGACGAAGACGCUGAUAGCGAAGAUGAAGGGGAUUUAAAUGUUAAAAAAUCGGAAAGUGAUAAAGAUGAUGAUCACGUGUCCGACCAGAACGAUAAAAAAGAAAAUGACGAGGAAGACCACACCCAGGGGGGUGAAAGCAAAGAAGAAAAUGACGAGGAAGACGACAGCCAGGGGGGUGAAAGCAAAGAAGAAAAUGACGAGGAGGAUCACAGCCAGGGGGGUGAGAGCAAAGAGGAAAGUGAUGAAACACAAGUUGAUGAUGAUAAAACUGAAAAAAAAUCAGAAAACACAAAAAAUGAAAAUCAGAAAUAAUCAAACCAAGUGUAUUUCAGCAAUCUAAGUACCCUUUUGUAAACGGUGAACGUUUUUCUAUAACAUAUAGCUAGCUACUUACACGGCACCUGUGGUUAAUCAAGUUGCUUAAAGUCGACCUCCCAUCUUUUCUUUAACAAAUACACGCACGGUGAAGCACGUGAAGCACGUGAAGCACGUUGAUGUUGCUGCUUGUGAUUAUACGCGCGUGCUCUUGUUAUGCAAUUCCAACAAUGAAUUAAAAUAUGAGAUGAGAAGAGAUGAAAAUAGAAUCUUCAUGUGACGCCACAGUAGGGUUCUGGAGGGCAAGUUAACGUAGCAUAAAUUUUGUUAAAAAUGUAAAGUUUUGGUAAAAUACAGAAAUAUCAACUAUAACGAAGAAACUUCCGUUGA